UUUGCACAGCGCGCGCUGGGGCCAACCUGAGCAUUCCCGCCGUUUUCUUUCUUUCUUCUACACAUCACCCACCGAACAUCAACGCGUUCUCCUCGAAGCCUCCGCAGACUUGGCGCCCUCAUCAACAACCGUCGGGAUGGACAGCCCGAAAGAGACCGACGACAAUCCGCCGGAGACGAUCGAAGUCGUCCUCGACAAACGCGGCGACGUCAUCUUCGAACUAGGCGGCAUCGGUCAACCGUUGACGCGACUUCGUGUCUCUUCUAAGGUCUUGACUCUUGCGUCGCCUGUUUUUGACGCGAUGUUCAACCACGGCUUUGCGGAGGGCCAGAAUCUAUCAUCUGCGUCCCCACGCGUGGUCUUCCUGCGAGAAGACCACAGCGAGUCGAUGACCAUUCUCUGCCAGAUCUGUCAUAUAAGGAACCAAGACGUACCUAAAACCCUCACGGUUGAUCUUCUAGCCGAGCUCACGAUCUUGUGCGAUAAAUACGACUGUGUCUCAGCAAUCCAGCCCUGGAGUGUUCUUUGGGCGCGCGAACUACUUCCACGCACGCGGGAACCCGGUUCCGAAAAGCUACUGUUCAUCGCGUACCGUCUCGAACUACCAAUGAUCUUCUUCCAGCUUACCGAGACUCUCGUAAAGGAUCGAGAGAGCAAAGUCAACUUUGAGAUUGCCUGCGCGGGGCAAGACUCGCUUCCUACACGAAUUGUUGAUGACAUUGAAGAGAACAGAGCAGAACGACGCCAACGACUAGUCAACGCCAUCAUCAACGGGAUAACUCCUAUUUUGAAGGGAAGCAAAGCCACCUCACAUCAUUGCGUUCGCGAACUUGUCUCUGAAUACUUUUUCAGCCUUGCUAAAGUCGACUUAUGGCCUCUUCUAGAGGGCGUGAGCCGCUAUAGCAGCUCUGAGAUUUUUCAGAAGUUAGACAGCCUCACAGCAACCAACGAGGAUAAUUGCGAAUGCGAUUAUUCCUCUAAUAGCUGUUUCGCCGUUUCUCAGAGCGCUUCUUUGGUGCAUACUCUCAAAGAGGAAAUCAAAGCAAUUGAGAUGUCUUACACUGGUAUCUGCUUGGACUGCUCUAUGGCAGGCAGAAACUCCUACGACUCGAAAAUCUGUCGCGUAAAGCACUAGCACGAGACGUCGCAGACUGAUCCAGGCAAUCAACAGAGCUCACCUGAAUUUCAAAUUUCGGCUGUGUACGGUCUUAGCUACUGGAGUAUACGUAUUGGAACCAAAACUAGCGAAGGUGUCUCGAUGGAUGAGAGCCAGGAACGCAGGAAUGGGAACAAUAUCAGAUGUGGGGCUAAAACCUGUCGUGUUGAUGAGAGUAAGGAAGCUAGUCAUUCGAGCGGCAUGAGGAGACGCAUCCAUGAAGUUGCUAGGUAAGCUGCUAGACAAGAAGGGCCCCGACACUGGCGACAGAAAGACAUUUGGAAGUCUCUCACAAUGCAGCUAAACCUUCUCGACUCCAGAAAAUCAACAGAUUCUACUCGAACUUUCUUCGUGGUUU